AGAAAGCUGAGCGAAAAGCGAGAGAGCUGCUGCUGCUGCUGCUGGUGGACAUCAUCUUAUGAUGUCAUCAGAGGAGUACGAGGCGGACUGUUUUGGUUUGUACAGCGAUGAGAACAACGUGCUGCUGAAGGCGACUGGAGAACAGCCGGAGAUAACAGCCCCAAGCACCAAGCAGCAACAGUCGCCGCUGCAACAGCAACAACCACCGCUAAACGGACAUAGUACGACCCCAACACCAAUACAUCUAACAAACGGCAGCGACAUUUUUGCGGCGAAUUGCGGCGACACCAAUACUAAUACUAACACUAAUACUAACAGCAACAGCAACAACACGGAAGAGCAGGAGAACAAGAGAGAGCAGCAGUCGAAGCAGCAGGCAAGGCACCAACACCAGGCCCAGGAAAAGGAGAAGGAGAAAGUCAACGACGACGAGGGCGAUUCUGACGAUUCCGACGACGACGUCGUGGUCGUGCUCGAAGGUUGCAACAACAGCAACAGCAGCGCGAGCAGCACCACCAACAACAUUAAGGGAGCAACGACGGCCACAGCAACGGCAACGGCAACGACAACGGCUAACAACUGUAAUCGUGGCAGUGGCAGCGGCAGCGGCAGCAACAUCAGCGGAGGUCUCAGUCGCAGUCAUCGAAGCGGCCGGAGUAGUCGACAAAUCAGACAGUCAACGGCCGUCGGCAAGACAACAACGUGCGCGGCUAAAAAAUCCGGAGUUACUUCAGUACCGACUCCAGUCAAGAACACGAACGUCGUAAGUUCAAACGUAAGCUCGAUCGGGAGCAACGGAAGUAGUAAUAUCAAUAGUAACAGUAAUAGUAACGGGAACGGUAGCGGAAACGGAAAUAGCAACGCGAGUGCUAAAGUGAAUCGUCGUUCGCGCCACACAUCCUUGAGCAAAGAUAGCAACUGCAACAGCAGCAGCAAUACUAGCAACCCUAGCCAAACUAGCAACACCAGCAACACUGCUGGCUUCAUGAGUAGCGCUGCCGCGGCUGCUGCGGGUGCCGCUGGUGGAGGAGGAGCCCUGUUCCAACCCCAAUCGGCCAGCACGGCCAACACGAGUCCUUCGGGACUGGGACUGAGUCAAGCGACAAUUCCCAGCCACUCGCCCACAAGCAACUCACCGGUUUCGGGUGCCAGUUCCGCGUCGUCCUUGUUGACGGCCGCCUUUGGCAACCUGUUCGGGGGAUCCUCGGCCAAGAUGCUGAACGAACUGUUCGGCCGCCAAAUGAAACAGGCCCAGGACGCCACCAGUGGUCUGCCCCAGAGCCUGGACAACGCCAUGCUGGCCGCCGCCAUGGAGACGGCCACCAGUGCCGAGCUACUGAUCGGAAGCCUGAAUUCCACGUCCAAAUUGUUGCAGCAACAGCAGCAGCAGCUCAACAACAAUACCGCCACAACAGCAACCACAACGCCACUGAGCAACGGAACCAAUGCCUCGAUCUCGCCAGGAUCGGCCCACAGCUCCAGUCACUCGCAUCACGGUGUCUCACCCAAGGGAAGUCGUCGGGUUUCGGCCUGCAGUGAUCGAUCCCUGGACGCUUCGGCAGCUGACGUGGCUGGAGGAUCUCCUCCGAGAGCGGCAUCCGUAAGUUCUUUGAACGGAGGAGCUAGCAGUGGAGAGCAGCAGCAGCAGCAACAGCAGUUGCAACACGAUCUCGUGGCCCAUCAUAUGCUGCGCAACAUACUGCAGGGAAAGAAGGAGCUCAUGCAACUCGACCAGGAACUCCGCACGGCCAUGCAACAGCAGCAACAGCAACAGCUUCAGGAGAAGGACCAGCUCCACUCCAAGCUCAACAACAACAACAAUAUAUCGGCAGCUGCCAACAAUAACAACAACAACACGAUGGAGAGCAUCAACCUCAUCGAGGACUCCGACAUGACGGACAUCAAGAUCAAGAGCGAGCCCCAGACGGCGCCUGCCCCACAGCAAUCGCCGCACGGCAGCAGCCACAGCAGUCACAGUGGGAGCGGCAGUGGCAGCCACAGCAGCCUGGCCAGCGAUGGCAGCCUGCGACGCAAGUCCUCGGACUCGUUGGAUAGCCACGGUGGCCAUGACGAGGCCGAUCAGGAGGAGCAAGACCCCAAUCGCCAGAGAUCCCAGAGCCGUGCUCCAGAGGACCCCCAGCUUCCCACCAAGAAGGAGUCUGUGGACGACAUGCUGGACGAGGUAGAGCUGAUGGGUCUGCACUCGCGGGGAUCCGAUCUGGAGAGCCUGGCCUCGCCCAGUCACUCGGACAUGAUGCUGCUGGACAACAGCAAGGACGAUGUGCUGGACGAGGACGAUGACGACGAUUGUGUGGAGCAGAAGCGCGACCCAUCCACAUGCCUCAAGAAACCAGGCAUGGACCUGAAGCGGGCACGCGUGGAGAACAUUGUGUCCGGCAUGCGAUGCAGUCCCUCAUCCGGACUCGUCCAGGCUGGCCAGCUCCAGGUAAACGGCUGCAAGAAGCGCAAGCUCUACCAGCCCCAGCAACACGCCAUGGAGCGAUACGUGGCUGCCGCAGCUGGCCUGAACUUCGGCCUCAAUCUGCAGAGCAUGAUGCUCGACCAGGACGACAGCGAGUCCAACGAGCUGGAGUCGCCACAGAUCCAGCAGAAGCGCGUGGAGAAGAACGCCCUCAAGUCGCAGCUGCGAUCCAUGCAGGAGCAGCUCGCCGAGAUGCAGCAGAAGUAUGUGCAGCUGUGCACUCGCAUGGAGCAGGAGAGUGAGUGCCAGGAGCUCGACCAGGACCAGGAGCAAGAUCAAGAGCCGGAACCAGAGCAGGAGCAGGAGCCGGACAAUGGCAGCAGUGACCACAUCGAGCUAUCCCCAUCGCCCACUCUAACCGGUGACGAUGAUGUAAGUCCUGCCCACAAGGUGGAGGCUCCAGGCUCCAGCUCUCCCUCGCCAUCGCCCCUCAAGCCGAAAUCUACGCUGGGCGAGAGCGGGGACUCCGGCGCCAAUAUGCUGUCCCAGAUGAUGAGCAAGAUGAUGUCCGGCAAGCUGCACAAUCCUCUCGUCGGCGUGGGCCAUCCCGCCCUGCCGCAAGGAUUCCCACCGCUGCUGCAGCACAUGGGCGACAUGUCGCAUGCCGCAGCCAUGUACCAGCAGUUCUUCUUCGAGCAGGAGGCACGCAUGGCCAAGGAGGCUGCCGAGCAGCAGCAGCAACAACAGCAGCAGCAACACCAGCAGCAGCAACAGCAACAACAGCAGCAGGAGCAGCAGCGCCGCUUCGAGCAGGAGCAGCAGGAACAGCAGCGGCGCAAGGACGAACAGCAGCAACUGCAGCGCCAGCAACAGCACUUGCAACAACUGCAGCAACAGCAGUUGGAGCAGCAGCAGCACGCCGCCAAUGUCGCCCCGCGACAGCAGCAGAUGCACCACCCGGCUCCCGCCCGACUGCCCACUCGAAUGGGCGGGGCUGCCGCCCACAGCGCCCUCAAGUCGGAGCUGUCGGAGAAGUUCCAAAUGCUGCGCAGCAACAACAAUAGCUCCAUGAUGCGCAUGUCCGGCACGGAUCUCGAGGGACUCGCCGAUGUCCUGAAGUCCGAAAUCACCACCUCGCUGUCCGCCUUAGUGGACACCAUUGUGACCCGCUUCGUCCACCAGCGGAGACUCUUCAGCAAGCAGGCCGACUCCGUGACCGCAGCGGCCGAGCAGCUGAACAAGGACCUGCUGCUAGCCUCCCAGAUCCUGGACAGGAAAUCGCCGCGCACCAAGGUGGCAGACCGGCCCCAGAACGGACCCACACCCGCAUCCCAAUCAGGUAAUAAUGGUUCACUACUCCUAGCUAAUAGUCAGAUGCCCGCCCAGCCGUCCGCGAAUGCGCAGCAGCAGCUGCAGCAGGCUCAGGGAUCCCAGCAGCAACAGCAGCAGCCAGGAUCGCAACAGCCACAGCCAAGCUCGCAGCAGCAGCAGCAGAAUGUGGCGCAGCAACAGCCGCAUCCAUUGAUGCCGCCCAACUGCCAGCAGCUUAUUGCCGCUCCCCGCUUGAACGGUAGCCAGUUGUCCUUCGCCUCGCCCGCGGCUGCUGCAGCGGCUGCCAUGGGCCUGCAGAUGCACCAUGCCGCCGCCGCCGCGGCCAUGUCCGCUCAGCAGCAACAGCAACAGCAGCAACAGCAACAACAGCCGGGCGAUCCUGGCAUGAAUACUAAUCCGGCUAGCGGGCCAACAAACCCCACUAACAAUAGCUUAAGUACCCUUAAUAUACCACCUCCUCACAUUCGUCCUUCGCCCACAGCGGCUGCCAUGUUCCAGGCGCCCAAGACGCCACAGGGCAUGAAUCCGGUGGCCGCCGCCGCGCUCUACAACUCGAUGACCGGUCCCUUCUGCCUAACGCCCGACCAGCAGGCGCAGCAGCAGCAGUCCGCCCAACAGCAACAGUCCGCUCAGAAUCCGCAGCAGAGUGCCCAGCAGACGCAGCAGCAGUUGGAGCAGAACGAGGCCCUCAGCCUGGUGGUGACUCCAAAGAAGAAACGCCAUAAGGUCACAGACACACGCAUCACACCACGCACCGUCAGCAGGAUUUUGGCCCAGGACGGCGUAGUGCCGCCCAACGGUGGAUCCUCGAACGCUCCCCAGCAGCAGCAACAACAGCAGCAGCAGAGUGUCCAGCAACAGCAGCAGCAACAACAACAGCAGCAACAGGCGGCGAACGGCAACAGCAGCGCCACACCCGCCCAGAGUCCGACGCGAGGCAGUGGGGGAGUAGCUCCCUACCAUCCGCAGCCACCGCCACCACCACCACCCAUGAUGCCGGUGUCCUUGCCCACCUCGGUGGCCAUUCCCAAUCCCUCGCUGCACGAGUCCAAGGUCUUCUCGCCGUACUCGCCGUUCUUUAAUCCACAUGCCGCCGCCGGCCAGCCCACGGCCGCCCAGUUGCAUCAGCACCACCAACAGCACCACCCGCACCACCAGUCCAUGCAGCUCUCGUCGAGCCCGCCCGGCAGCUUGGGUGCGCUGAUGGACUCGCGCGACUCACCGCCGCUGCCACACCCGCCGUCGAUGCUGCACCCCGCCCUCCUAGCGGCCGCCCACCACGGAGGCUCGCCCGACUACAAGACCUGCCUGCGGGCCGUCAUGGACGCCCAGGACCGCCAGUCCGAGUGCAACUCGGCGGACAUGCAGUUCGAUGGCAUGCAGCCUACUUCUUCUACAUUGACACCGAUGCACCUGCGCAAGGCCAAGCUGAUGUUCUUCUGGGUGCGCUAUCCCAGCUCCGCGGUGCUCAAGAUGUACUUCCCGGACAUCAAGUUCAACAAGAACAACACAGCACAAUUGGUGAAAUGGUUCUCGAAUUUCCGAGAAUUCUACUACAUACAAAUGGAGAAAUAUGCACGACAAGCUGUCACCGAAGGCAUCAAGACACCCGAUGAUCUGUUGAUUGCUGGAGAUAGUGAAUUGUAUCGCGUGCUUAAUUUGCACUACAAUCGCAAUAACCACAUUGAGGUCCCCCAGAACUUCCGCUUCGUGGUCGAACAGACUCUGCGGGAGUUCUUCCGUGCAAUACAGAGCGGCAAAGACACCGAACAGUCGUGGAAGAAAUCGAUUUACAAGAUCAUCUCGCGCAUGGACGAUCCUGUGCCCGAGUACUUCAAGUCGCCGAAUUUUUUAGAGCAACUGGAAUAAGUGGAGGAGCUGGCGCUGCCGCUGCCGACAGCCAAUUGCACCAACACCGGCACCACCAGCAGCAGCAGCACCACCACCACCACGACCGCGAAGGCGAAGCGGAGCAGGCCAAAGUUAAAAGGCUAAACCUGCGCCGGAAGCACGACUGGAUAUGACCAUCUUCCCACGAUCGAGCAAAAAAAAAACACAACCAGAAAACAACACACAAAGAACUUAGAAAUAGCUGAGAGAUUUAAACACGAAGAAUCAGAAGCAAAAACGCGUUUAGAAAGACACACUGAGCAAAAAUAUUUUAUCAGAAAUUUCCCAAAAAAAAAACUAAUCAAUACACACAAACACUAACACUUAUCCUCGGCAAAAGAACAAAAAA